UCACUUGAGAUCUCGUGCCCUCCUCCUACGGUAUUCUACACGCUUCGUCCUGCACAUCUCUCCCCUCAUUCCACACCCUACAUCCUCCUCGUACCAGUUCCUCCCAACCCGUUCUUGCACCACCUAUUUCCGCGGCAGCACGCGCUUCUCCCCCUUGCUCCCCAUCCGCCCUCCCCUCGUUGACCCUCGGACCUUCCGUGCCUCUCGCGCCGUCACCAUGCUCGCCGCAUCACCCGCUGCUACCUCGGCGCUCGCUGCCGCUCGUCAGAUCGCGUGUCCCCCGCAGCAAGCGGCCCAGCGGGAAGGCGCAAGGGCGUGCGCCUCAGGCUGGGUGACUGGCGCAAAGCUGAAGAGCGCGCACUCUCACGCUGCGCCGCACGGAGGGUUUUCCGCGCCCUCCUAUCAGAGAUUGCCACGUGGAGCUGCUCAACGAGGGGGGCAUGUAGUUUGCUCUGCGGGUGCUCCGCCCUCUUUUGGGCGGCAGAUGCUGGUGAUGGUGCCGCCGCACCCGCUCAUCAAGCACUGGAUCGCCAUCCUGCGCAACGCCACCUCGCCGCCGCCCAUCUUCCGUGCCGCAUUGGCCGAGCUUGGUCGCAACAUUGCAUACGAGGCAACCCGUGAUUGGCUGCCCAUGGUUCAGGGCGAGGUGGCCACGCCAUGCGGGGUGGCGGAGGUGGAGGCGGUGGACCCCUCGCAGCCAAUCGCGAUCAUCCCGGUGCUGAGGGCGGGGGCCGUGAUGACGGAGCAGAUGGGGCCAGUCAUCCCGCACACCGUCACCUACCACCUCGGCUAUGCUCGUGACGAGACCACUCUCGAGCCAACACUCUACCUCAACAAGCUGCCCGAGUCUUUUGCCCCCACGGCACGCCUCAUCAUAGUGGAUGCCAUGCUGGCCACGGGCGGCACCAUCAUGGCAACCAUGGACGAGGUGGUCAAGCGCGGUGCCAACCCCAAUAACAUCCGCGUGAUAUCGGCCAUAGUGGCCUCUCCCGCACUCAAGCGCCUGAGCGAGAAGUACAAAGGGCUGCGUGUGUACACGGGGAUGAUCGAUGCCGACGUCAACGCCCAAGGGUUCAUCGUACCUGGACUUGGGGAUGCUGGAGACAGGAGUUACGGCACCUUGUAGCGGCAAGGCAAGGCCCCUCCGUGGCAGGAGCAUGCAAGUGCUGAAGAACCUUUCAAGGAUUCAAGCCACACUUGUAGUUUCCACUUUCCUUCUUUGCGCGAUUGGUUUGGUUACUAGGCUC